GAUCCAACGCAAGACGAGUCAAUCCGGUUUGUGUUUUGUUCGCCGAGUUCGAGUUUAAAGUUUUAGGUUUUAGUAGUCGUGGUUACAGUGAACUACUAUCGUGUAAACCCAAAAUUUUAGAAAGCAUACGGUGACUUUGAGGCUUUAACAAGUAGCCUCCCUACGCACCGAAGGCAAAAUGUUGGGCAGCAGCACAACCACUUCCUUCACCUUCGGCACCCCUGCCGCUGCCACGACAUCAUUUUCCUUUGGGACAAACAAGCCAUCCACUACGUUCAACUUUGGCACGCCACAGCCAUUGACGGGCUUGACAUCCACACCGGCCACUGUCACUGCAGCGCCAGCCACCACCACCACUGCCACAGCUGCUAUUACUCAAGCACCAGCACAGGCAGCUGGCACUGUGGCAUCAUCUUCCACAAUGCACUACCGGCUUCUGGAGGAGUCGGUCAAUCAAUGGAAGCUGGAGCUAGAAGAGCUUGAGAGGAACUUCAUCGACCAGGCCACACAGGUGAAUGCUUGGGACCGUUCUCUGCUAUCGAGCGCCGAGCGAGUGGGCCAGCUCAGCUCGUUGGUAGAGCAUGCACAGCUGGACCAGCAGCGGCUGGAACACGAGCUGGACUACGUGGCUGCCCAGCAAGGGGAGCUCGAGAGGCUUCUGGCACCUCUCGAGGCUGCAAUGAAGCAGGCACCUGCCCUGUCUGUACAGCAGCACGCUGACCUAGAGCGCGAACACACGUACCACAUGGCCGAGAACAUCAACUCCCAGCUGAACUCCGUGUCUCGAGACAUUAAGGACAUCGUAGAGCAGCUGAAUGCAGCCAAUGCAUUUACUGCGCAGGACAAACCGCUGCAGCAAAUCUCAAAAGUGCUGAACUCUCACAUGGACGCACUUAUGUGGGUGCAGCACAACUCAGGUGUGCUGCAGCAGAAGUUGCAAGAGUUGGAGCGUGCCUGCCAGCAGCAGAGAGCUGACCCGCUGCUGAAGCGCUGACACCCAGGCAACCCACUAGCCUCCUCAUUUCUGUGUUAAUAAACUGUUUUCAUCAUUGA